AUGAUCUCAUUCUCACAAUUCCCAUCAGUGUUUAUGGAGGUGCUGACAUCAAAGUUUGGGGUUGCUCUAAAGAUGGUCAGUUUUUCGGUAAAGAGUGCUUAUCACGUCGCUCUCUCUUUUCUUAAUAAUUCUCAAGUUUCCAAGUCUGAUAUGGGCAGUAGUUUCAAAGUUGGUCAAAGCGCGAUGUGGAGUGCUGUUUGGAGAAUUCAUGCGUAUAAAAAAAUUCAACCUUUUAUUUGGCAAUGCCUUCACGAAAGGCUUCCAGUGAACAAACAACUCAGUUUUCUUUGGGCUACUGCAGUAUCUUGUUGUGGUUUUUGCAACGAGACUAUUGAUCACCUUCUUUGCACGUGUCCUUUUGCUUGUACAGUGUGGAAGUUAAGUCCAUUCAGAAUUGAUUUUGGUGGCCAACAACCUUCUUUUUGGCCAAAAUGGUGGGUCGACCUUUGCACGGUAUGGAGUUUGUCCGAGGGCUCAGCUGAGUGUAUUGGGCUAGCCACUUUCAUCUGUUGGUCCAUCUGGAGGUGCAGGAAUGAUCUAGUGUUUUCUAUGAAAUCUUGGGACCCUUUUGAUGCUCUUCAACGGGCUCUUAAGGAUUUUCAAGAAUUUCGAGAGGUUUCUCGUCAACACAGUCUUCUCUCUCUCCCAACAUCUUUUGUCUCCUCCCCGUCAGAAAAGUGGUCUGCCCCUGCGAUAGGUUUUUACAAACUUAAUUUCAACGCUGCAUUUAACUCUUUUUCUCAUUCUUGCAGUGGAGGUAUGAUUCUCAGAAACAAUUUGGGCCAACCUAUAAAAAUUGCUUCAGUGUUCCUUUCACGUAUCAGUAGUCCUGCUUUGGCUGAAGCUUUGGUGCUUCGUGAGGCUCUUUUGUUUCUAAAGAGUUGGGGUUAUCUGCAUUUGGUGGUUGAAGGGGAUUGUCAAUCAGUCAUGAAGUUACAACCAACUGUUGAAGCUCUCUGUGUGGUGUUCAAUGAUAUAUCAACUCUUUUGAAGGAAUGUGUAGGUUCUUCUUUGGCGUGGAUUCCUCGUGGAGGAAAUGUUGUAGCUCACUUGUUGAGCAGGAAGGCUCUUGAAGCCAAUCGUAGUGAUUCUGAGUAG